AGUGAGAGAAAAACAACGAUAGAGGAUAAACCAAACAUGACAAGAAGUGUUGUGAAAAUCAAUUCAAAUGUGAUCGUUGUCGUCGGCGUCAUCGCGGCGGGACUUGUCCUUAUCGCCUCACUUGGCUCAAAGUUUAGACCCCUCAAUGUGUCCUGCCAAGGAACGACCGCCAUUAACGUCGCAGGCGGCCUCGUAUCGGGAGGAACGGCGGAUUUCGGCGCAACAAGUGGACGAAGAUUCCAAAUGAAAAGAGUCCGCGAUUUUGAGAAGGACAAGCGGGUGGGAUAUCGACCGCCGUCGACGUGCACGGACUAUCACAAAAAGCCCCCUGCGACGCCUUGCAAAAAAUGGGUGGUCAUCACGACGAUAUUUGAACCGUCGGAACUGGUCAAGCAGCUCUCCGAGAUAACGUCUUGGUGCGUCGUGGUCGUCGCUGAUAAAAAGGGCCCGGAGAAAUAUGUCGUCCCUAACGUCAAAUAUCUCAGCGUUUUGGAACAGGAGAGUUGCCAGUUCCACAUCUGUAAAUUGCUCAUAUGGAAUCACUUCGGUCGGAAGAAUAUUGGAUACAUGUAUGCCAUACAUCAUGGAGCUGAGUACAUCUAUGAUACGGAUGACGACAACGUACUGCGCAGGGCCAAGAUCCCAGAUCCUGCCAAAAUAAAGGGCGUCAAAAAUAUCAACAUGAAGGGGACCGUCUGGAACCCGUAUCCUAUGAUGAGCAAAUAUCCAGAUUCCUGGCCAAGAGGAUUUCCCUUGGAGAAAAUCAAGUCAAAAGAAGCGAAAACGCAGUCGUUCACGGACGAGCUUCCCUUGGGGAAAAUCGGAAUCAUCCAAUCCCUGGCCGAUAACGAACCGGACGUUGACGCCAUCUAUCGGUUUACGCAACCACUUCCUUUUGAUUUUCACCAUAAGGAACUCUACGUCGCCGUCCCCCAGGGAGUCAUGACGCCCUACAACGCCCAGGCUACAAUGACGAUGUAUGACGCGUUUUUCUCAACUUAUCUACCCGUGACUGUUAAAGGACGCGUUAGCGACAUCUGGAGGUCGUAUUUUAACGUGAGACUAUUUUGGUACAUUGAAAGGAGCUUGGUUUUCUCCGCCCCGUGGGUUGUUCAGUACAGAAACGCUCACAACUGGUUAGCAGACUUUGAUUCUGAGAAUGACCUAUACAUGCGUGCGGCGCAGUUAGUGGAGUAUUUAACAAACUGGAAAAGUUCGGAAAAAGACAUUGCGUCCAUGUCAAUAGAGUUGUACAAAGAAAUGUAUAACCAUCAAGUGUUACAGAUUGACGAUGUUUAUAAUAUUGAAGCGUGGUUUAAAGACUUGGAGUGUCUGGGGUACAAGUUCCCUGCGAUUGUGUCAAAAGAAUAACGAGGGUGUUGUUAGCACAGUACAGGCGCAUUUUUUUUUUUUAAUCAUGGCAUUAAAAGUGCCAUUUGACUCUUAAAACAUCUCUGAAAUGUACGAGAACGGAAAUUUCCAAUUUGUUUGGCUUUGCAACAGGGUUUGUGGAUAUAUCAUUCUGUUGACAAAGAAGCACGUCGAGAUAAAGACCCCUUUUCACAAGACAGCGGUAAACUUUUCCGUUUCGCCCCGUCUUGAGAGACCGACAACUUUGAAGCACAACUAUUACGAAUGAUACCCCCCCAAAUGACAAUCUGAGUUGACUAGUUAAAUUUUAAUUGAAACAUCGGGGCGCGUGAAAGAAAGUGACCCCCCCCCUCUUUUCCAAUAACAUCAUUACAUUCUAGGACCAGAAAAAUUAUUGCUCCUAAAUUGUUCUUGUGAAAAGGGUCUUAAGCUGCGAAAAAAGAAAUUACUUAUGAGUGAUUCUUUGCGACAUAGCUUGUCAAAAUUUCACUCCGUUAAAGAAGUACGAAAACGAUGGCUUCGUUGGAGACGUAACAGUUAGUUUCCAAGUAAUUUCUCUCAACAGACUUCGCCGUAAUAACCCCAUUCUCCAUAGAGGCUCAGGGACAGGGAGACUCAGGGGUUGGGGUUGGGUUUAAACGAACCGCACUUUUGCCAAGGAGAGAUUCACUUCUGAAUCAAAUUUGAUCUAGGCUCUAUGCCAUUUCGCGGCAAAAAAUCUUAUGUGUAAAAAAAUAAGGCCAUUGGUAUCUUGGAGUGUUUCGUAAUGUCCGGAUGUACGAUUGUAUAUUACAUUCAUUUAUGUUAGAUAUUUAUAUUUUUGCAAGUUAAGGUCAAUUUAACAUGUGUUGUGUAACGUCCGUUACAGCGUGCUUCGCGAGAUUUUCUAUGGUGUCAUCGUUACUACAUUCCAAUCAAUGCAGCAUUAUUGUAUUUUUUUGUAUUAAAGGGUGUUUUAUAU